AUCGAGGCCUUCCAACAUAUGCAGAAGUUCGUGAGCAACGUUCAGCUCCAGGCCCAGCACGUCGCCGAUGACCCUCCGCACAAACAGGAGCUGCAGAAGCUCAUGGCCAGGUGUUACCUGAAACUUGGUGAAUGGCAGCUCAACUUGCAGGGCGUUAAUGAGGUCACAAUUCCCAACGUUCUGGAGUAUUACAAUGCUGCUACAGAGCAUGACACCACCUGGUACAAGGCUUGGCAUGCCUGGGCAGUAAUGAACUUCGAGGCCGUGUUGCAUUUCAAGCACCAACACCAGCCACGCGAAGAGAAGAAGGUUCGUCACCCAAGCAAUGCCAGCGCCAACACUGAGGGCAGCGAGAGUGAAAGUGAAGGCGAGAGCAUUGAGAACAGCCCAGUACCAUCACCAGUGCAGAAGAAACCAUCUGAGGACCUCUCUCACACUCUGCUGCAGUAUACAGUCCCAGCUGUGCAAGGAUUCUUCCGCUCUAUCUCCCUGUCCCGGGGGAACAACCUGCAGGACACACUGAGAGUUCUCACUCUUUGGUUUGACUACGGACACUGGCCAGAUGUGAAUGAUGCCCUAGUGGAAGGCAUCAAAACCAUCCAGAUCGACACCUGGCUGCAGGUUAUUCCACAGCUCAUUGCCAGAAUAGACACUCCUAGGCCUCUGGUUGGUCGGCUGAUCCACCAGUUGCUAACAGAUAUUGGAAGAUAUCAUCCACAGGCUCUCAUCUAUCCACUCACUGUGGCCUCCAAGUCAACAACUACAGCACGCCACAACGCAGCCAAUAAGAUCCUGAAGAACAUGUGUGAGCACAGCAAUACGCUAGUACAGCAGGCCAUGAUGGUAAGCGAGGAGUUGAUCCGUGUGGCCAUUCUCUGGCAUGAGAUGUGGCAUGAAGGCUUGGAGGAGGCAUCACGCUUGUACUUUGGUGAGAGGAACGUGAAGGGGAUGUUUGCAGUGCUUGACCCUCUUCAUGCCAUGAUGGAAAGGGGACCUCAGACCCUGAAGGAGACAUCUUUCAAUCAGGCCUAUGGGAGAGAUCUGAUGGAAGCUCAGGAUUGGUGUCGAAAGUACAUGAAAUCUGGAAAUGUGAAAGAUCUGACCCAGGCCUGGGAUCUGUACUACCACGUCUUCAGAAGGAUCUCCAAGCAGCUACCACAGCUAACGUCCCUGGAGCUUCAGUAUGUUUCGCCAAAGCUUCUCAUGUGCCGAGAUCUGGAGCUGGCUGUGCCGGGAACGUAUGACCCCAAUCAACCAAUAAUACGAAUCCAGUCUAUAGCGCCUUCUCUACAAGUCAUCACCUCCAAGCAGAGGCCAAGGAAACUAACACUAAUGGGAAGCAAUGGCAAUGAAUUCAUGUUCCUGCUGAAGGGGCACGAGGACUUGCGCCAGGAUGAGAGAGUCAUGCAACUGUUUGGUCUGGUGAACACACUGUUGGCAAAUGAUCCGGCAUCUCUGCGGAAAAACCUCAGCAUCCAGAGAUAUGCAGUCAUUCCUCUGUCCACAAACUCAGGCCUGAUUGGUUGGGUUCCGCACUGCGACACCCUGCAUGCUCUGAUCCGGGACUAUCGAGAGAAGAAAAAGAUACUGUUGAACAUAGAACACCGCAUCAUGCUGAGGAUGGCACCGGAUUACGACCAUCUGACCCUCAUGCAAAAAGUGGAGGUGUUUGAACAUGCUGUGAAUAACACUGCCGGGGAUGAUCUUGCCAAGCUUCUCUGGUUAAAAAGCCCCAGCUCAGAGGUCUGGUUUGACAGAAGAACUAAUUACACCCGCUCUUUGGCAGUGAUGUCCAUGGUGGGGUACAUCCUUGGGCUGGGUGACAGACAUCCUUCCAACUUGAUGCUGGACCGGCUCAGCGGGAAAAUUCUACAUAUUGAUUUUGGGGACUGUUUCGAGGUGGCCAUGACCAGAGAGAAGUUCCCAGAGAAAAUCCCAUUCCGACUAACGAGAAUGUUGACCAAUGCUAUGGAGGUAACUGGUCUGGAUGGUAACUACCGCAUCACCUGCCAUACAGUAAUGGAGGUCCUACGGGAACACAAAGACAGUGUCAUGGCAGUUCUGGAGGCCUUCGUGUAUGAUCCUCUCCUCAACUGGAGACUCAUGGAUAAAAUGAUGGAGACAGUGGAUCUCGGUGAGACGCAACAUAAGAAGCCAGGGAGCACCGUUCCUGAGUCUAUACAUACUUACAUUGGCGAUGGCUUGGUUCAACCAGAAGCUCUGAAUAAAAAAGCCAUUCAGAUCAUUAACAGGGUCCGAGAUAAGCUAACAGGUCGAGACUUUUCAAAUGAAGAAACUUUGGAUGUGGCCACACAAGUCGAGCUGCUGAUUAAACAAGCCACGUCACACGAGAACCUUUGUCAGUGUUAUAUUGGAUGGUAAGUCAGUU